GUGUGUGCCAAUGUCCCGCGAUCGUCCUGUUGUCAUGGAGUGGUUGUCUCCUAUAGAUUGAAAACUCGCAAGAUGAUAGUGAGCGACAUGCAUCGUCUGUUACGACUAAGGUUUGCUGUCGGAAGGGCAGGUCGGAUGUAACGUGCAGCCUCACCCAAACUGACCACAAGGAAUACCAAAAGCAAUGGGCUUGGGGUCUGUGCUGUUAACCAGAUCUUCUGUAACGGAGGCUUAGCUAGUCUACAACACAUGGAUCGGCCAUGUACCCUUCAGCUGAACGACAGGGUUUGAAGUCAGAGACGCGCAUUGCUCAAGACCUCGGCGCAAUGGCACAAUUUGAUUAGAAAGUUACAUCUCUCCCCGUACAAACGUCGUCGUCCUGCUGCCAUUCCAUUCCUUUAACCGCCCGUUGGCUCGUAGAUUUUGCGAUAACGUGAUCGCUGUCGCUUCACCAACGACCCCUCGUCCAAAGAUGCUCGCCACACAACGUUCAUAUGUCCUGGCCAUUGCCACUUUCCUGGUAGUCGCGACACUGUCGUUCUACGUGUUCCGCGACCAAGGCGCAUUAGUGGUUGAAAGAAUCACAAACCCGCCAUACCUAUCAUCGAAACCUACCACUCGAGACACAAUCAACACAUUGUUUGCCAGAAUAAAACACGAUCCAAGUGCUUCUGCAUACGUCGAUCCGUCAGGCACAUACUACAAAGGUGGAAACGAGACAGUCUGGACAAGACCCCUCGGCAAGAAAGUCUUGAUUGUGGAUAUCGACACGCGUGUGCCAACUGGGGAGAAUGAGCUUCUCAAUCCAGAACGCUUAGACUGGGAGAAUCUUAAGACGUCCGGAGCCGGUAUGGUGUCCAACUCCAUCAUGAAUCACUACCUGUAUGCCAUGGUCCAUGGAUAUGACUACAAAUUCUACCAGGCGCGGGACAUGAAGGAUCAUUACAACACCUGGAUCUUACCCCAUGUUCUCCGCGAGUUGAUACCUGGUUAUCAGUUCGUGGUCGUAAUGGAUGCCGACGUUACAAUCCCACACCUUGACGUUCCAUUCGAGUGGAUGUUCAACCGCUGGGGUAUCAAAGAGCACACGUCCAUAGCCCUUCCGUGGGAUACUGAAGAAUUCCGCGACGAAGGCUCUAUCAGCAUAGAUAGCAAGGGGAUGCGCGUCCUCAACACAGGUCUGGUUAUCGCGCAGAAUUCUUCUUUGACGCUGGAUUUGCUCGAAGCGUGGCGGGACUGCACGACUGAGAAACGCUACAAAGGCUGCGCCAAGUGGAAGACCGAAUGGAGCCACGAACAACGCGCCUUCUCAGAAUACAUUCGUUACGAUUUCAACAAGACGCCUGAAACGAUCGUUAGCAUACCCUGUGACGAUGCAGUAGGAUGGCCGGGCUUCCGCGAGGAUAUGCUAAAUCGACCCGGUACCGAGAAUCACGAUAUCUCCAAUUGCAAUGGGAACUUCGUUCGGCACUACACAACCAUGGGGAAGAGUCGAGUCAAGGAUGCGAGUGCAGCCAGUGUGAUGCAGGUGUUGAGCGAGGCGCUUCAGAAGAGUAUUUUAGCAAACCCGGAAGAAGUGUGGUACAAGGAACCAGAGAAAAAGAUCGAAGAGCCAGUACCGAAAGAUCAACCAACAGAGGUGCGGAAAGAUGAGGAGAGUAAAUUGGACAACGAUGUGGUUUUGAUAGAAAGAGAAGCAUGAUGAGGCAGGUUCUUUCGAUGAUAUUCGAGUUGCAUUGGAUCGGCGUUUUAGAUACCACUGAAUUGAGUUCAUAUCGGAAAGGUAUAUU